GAUCCGACGCAUGCAUGAGAUUUAUGCCAAUGCAGGGUUGACCAUUGUUGCUGCCACAGGUUCUAGUGCACAGGUGCCUCUCUUGGAUAUUGAAGCAACUCAGCUCUCCAAUCAGUACCACACCAUCGGAGGUAAAAGGUUCUGUCUCGAUCGUCCAGAACUCAAACCCUUGGUCAGUUUUACGACAUGGUUCACUCGAGGCUGGACUCUUCAAGAACUCAACUGCUCAUCGAAGAUGGUGUAUUUUUUGCCCGAGAGAACGUACUAUAGCUGCAACACCGGCUCCUGGAAUGAAGACUUCCCACUGGACCGCAGAAUUCCGGUUGAGACUUACAAGAGCCUUCGAGACGAGGACCCGAAGGCCGCAUCAUUCUCUGGCAACGAGAACGCAUCCGAAUGUUACGUCGAAAUGGCAGAGCAGCUCUCCCGUCGGCAGUUUACUAGAGACGAGGAUGUACUAAAGGCGUUAUCUGGCAUGUAUACCAUGUUCACCCUCGACAAGCUGGGCCCAGCCGCGGCCGGCAUACCCAUCAACACUCUCGAGGCGGGACUGAUGUGGCAACCGGCCGGGCGGUUGCGGAGAAGAACCGCUUCAUACCCAGACCAGCCACAACCUACGUGGUCUUGGGCUGGUUGGGCGGGCCCAGUCACUUACCCCUUUUACGGAUUCAAUAACCCAAGCAUCCGGCCAACCGUCGAAUGGUCCCUAUAUUUGCAAAUGGCGGGAGACCAAGGCCAAAGACAGUACGUCGGUGUCGACGUGGUCGAUGCCGUCGCGAAGUCGAGCGUGACGUCGAAAAGCACCCGGUGGUCUACGCGAGCUCUCGAGUUGAGAAGCUAUCCAUCUUUCGACAAAGAAACUAGCUUUGAACCCGAGCAGACAAGACAACUCCUUCCCAUCUCAAACCCCUUCCUUCUCGACCAUGCAAUUCUUUGCUGCAGCUCGAGCACGUACAAUGUCUGCAUCAAGAGCAUCACAGGUCCCGAAUUCGCGACUCGCGCAGGCGUGCAAUUUUUCUCCAUCCUCGACAGCGAGAACGGCGUCACGGUUGGGGAGCUAAAGGUCGACGCCGGCACUCUAGAAGCAUUGAUAGGACCGGGCACCCUGCCUAGCACAGCAGAGCUGUUGCAGAUUGCCGAGCUCGACUUUUCCUCUCCAUUCGUCGAAAGCGUGUUAUAUAUGAACCAGUACAGUCGACUGGGCCAAUUCUCGGAAGAUUUUAUGCAAGUCGUGGAUCAAGAUGGUGACAUGUCUAUCGUUUUGUGGAUAGUUCGUCAGCGUGGGCUCUCUCGUCGAGUUGCUCUAGGAUAUUUAACGAAAGCUGGUUUGAACUGCUACGUGAGACAACAGAGUUGGGUGGCGCUUACGUAAAUCAGCAUUGGCGCCAUAUUCUUCAGUGAAAAAGGUAAUGAGGAUAAUGAGCCUGAAGGUGUGAAGCAAAAUAAUGUCACCAUCCUUGCUGACGGUCAGACUGACCCUUAUCAGUGUGGCUCGGGCAUGGCUGGGAGAGUAUCUAUACCCUUUUGAAGAGCUCGG